CCUAACUGAUUUAGGGAAUAGUACGGCUUGUCGGUCUUCUGUAGGUAAUAUAUUGUACUUAAGUCAACAGUCACAAUGAAAGAUGUCACUGGAUACCUCAAGCAACAACAAAGCAAGAGCCCGACGCCAGAAAUGGCAACGGAAUGGCAUACAUUGGAGGAUCUAUAUAACAGAAAGUUAUGGCAUCAGCUGACGCUGAAAUUGACAGACUUUGUGCAGGAUCCCUACUUUUCUGCAGGCGAUGGUCUCAUUCAGCUGUAUGAAAACUUCCUCAGUGACUUUGAACACAGAAUCAACCCACUUUCCCUAGUGGAAAUCAUCCUCCAUGUUGCCAGACAAAUGUCAGAUCCCAAUACUGCCAUCAGCUUCCUUGAGAAAACAAAAGAAAAGGUGAAAGCCAGUGAUGAGGCAGUUAUCCUGUGCAAAACUGCAAUUGGCAGUCUCAAGCUAGACAUCAACGACCUUCCUGCCACAAAGAAACUAAUUGAAGAAGUGGAAGAGAUGCUGAACAACCUUCCAGGUGUGACGUCGGUUCACGGACGUUUUUACGAUCUAUCAAGCAAAUACUACCGCAUCAUCGGAAACCAUGCUCUUUACUAUAAGGAUGCCCUGAGAUACUUGGGCUGUGUGGAUGUCAAAGAUUUGCCAGAGGCAGAACAGCAGGAGAGGGCCUUCACAUUAGGACUGGCUGGUCUACUGGGAGAAGGGGUGUAUAAUUUUGGAGAGCUGCUAAUGCAUCCAGUGCUGGAGUCCCUGAGAAACACAGAUAAGCAGUGGCUGAUUGAUACGCUGUAUGCUUUCAAUGCGGGAAAUGUGGAGAAGUUCCAAGCCUUCAAGUCUGCCUGGGGCCAACAGCCAGACCUAGCAGCUCAAGAAGCCAGACUUAUGCAGAAGAUACAGCUUCUGUGUGUGAUGGAGAUGACUUUUACAAGACCUGCAAAUAAUAGGCAGCUAACCUUCCAGGAAAUUGCCCGGAGUGCCAAAAUCCCAGUGAAUGAGGUUGAGCUCCUGGUGAUGAAAGCUCUCUCGGUAGGUCUGAUUAAAGGCAGCAUCGACGAGGUGGACCAGAAAGUCCAGAUGACCUGGGUGCAACCCCGUGUACUGGACUUACAGCAGAUUAAGGGCAUGAAGGAGCGUCUGGACCUGUGGUGUGGAGAUGUGAGGAACAUGGCGUUGCUGGUGGAACAACAAGCCCAGGACAUUUUAACUUAAAUCCCACUUACUGCUCACAACUCGCCUCUCUCGUUUGAACCUCAGCACACCUGUUUUUGUUAAGGGUUUUUUUUUUUUCAG